GUUCUAUUGGUCCGCUAGGCUGUGAUAAGGUAGAGGGACGUGCCCUAUGCACACCCUUUGCUGUUAGGCUACUUCGUAUACCUGUAAAUGUGUCUCACCUUGUGGAGGUCCUUGCUCAGGUAAGCGUGACACACCUGCCUGUUUAAUUAUUCUGUUUGUAUAUUAUUUAACUUACAUUAUUAAACAACUUCACUUUUUAAUAUUGGUCAGUUUAUGCACUCAACUGUGAAUUCUGAUGAAUUAAAACCUGCAUUCAGAAUCAGACUACAAGAACCAAGCUGUUAUUACGGCUCAUUUAUUUUGGUCUAAAUUUUGCAAUUUAAUUAACGAUUAAUUUUAUAGUUAAUAAAUUCAGGUGGGGUUUUACUCACUAUCGAGUUAUUUUCACUGACAACAAUAAUUCUCCAGAUAAUGUAUUAAUUACAUAUCUACGUGCUAUUAUAACUUGGAUCUCAAACCAUGAUUUGUGAGUAUAAGGGUUUUUCUUUUUAGACUGGUCCUAUUUCUGUAAUGCGCCUUUUUUAACCUCUCCACUACCCAGUGGAGAACUAAAUGCCUAACCGCAAAAUGUAAGCUUAUUUAGCCAAGCUGUGACUAAAAGGUCGCAGAAUUUUUCCAAAUCUGCUAUUUUAGCAUUAGUUAUUUAUUUAUUUUAAUUUGGAGUUUAGUGAAUACGCCACUUCGAAUUCACAACAAUUGAAACCUUUUAGUAAAUAACCCUGAAUUGACUACCUGAAUAUACAUGCAGAUAUAUUAUAUAUACAUGAUUUUUACACACACUACACAAGAGUGUGUGUGUGUUCUGGAAAAUACUGUGGAAACGUAGUUAAUUAGUGCAUGAGCCCCCUAAAAUCUUGAGGGGUAGUCUUUUACUCAGAAAACACCCCCACCUCUUUCCCCCUCAGAAAAUAUACUUCAAACCAAACUGUUUAGUCAACAAAUGUACUUGUCACUUUUAAGGCUGUAAUAAGCUUGCUAAAAAAAGCAUUAGUGGAGCAUUGCAAAAAUAUAUUUUAUAUAUGUGUGUACCAGGGAUAAGGUGGAGUUUUGUUACAGAGAAAUGUUGAGGGUUUUUUAAAAAACAGUGGGUUAUAGAAACUGCAUUGCAGCAUUAAGACUGCCUCUAGUGGCUGUCAAUCAGACCACCACUAGAGGCACUUCCUGGUUGCUAACAGACUUUUCCCCUAAAUGUCACGAGAUGUCCUCAAGCUCUGCAUGAGCACAUUCAGCUUCCGUGAAAUCCCCAUCAAAGCAUUGAAGCAAUGCUCUCCAAUGGGAAAGGGCCUAAUGCGCUUGUGGCACUUGCUGUUUAUUCGCAUUGGGCCUCCUGUCGUGGGAGGCGGAGCACCGAGGGUCAUUGAUGCUGGAAUCAGGCAAGUGGCUAAAAGGUUUACUAACCUUUUAGCUGCCGGUGAACGUGGGGGAGGGGGAGGACCAGAGGACUCCAUAGUGUUAGGAAUACAGAUUUGUAUUCCUAACACUAUAUAGUAUCCUUUUAAUGUAGUUGUUAUUGUGUCUGUCCCUGCAGGCCUUUUAAUGUAAAAUACUGCCUUUUCAGAAUAAAGGCAACAUUUACUUUUUUUUUUUUUAACAUGAUAAUGUCAGGAAUACACGUAUAAUGUUCAUGACAUUAUAAUGUUCCUUUUAAUAGUAGAUUUAUUUAUUUUUUCUUCCUGCUUUACUCUAUCUAGUAGGUGGCUGGGCUAUCACAGCCAAUCCCUGGCCUGCAAUUGACUGAUUAUGAUGUAAUGCAUAUGACUUCCUAAUGCAAGCUUAUAGUAAUGAGCACAUGCGCAGUAAUGCUAUCAAUAUGACUUAAAGGAACACUCCAACACAAAACACUUCAGCUUGUUCUUUUUAGUGUCUGAAGUCGGCCAUUUUCAUGCCAUUGAAAUGUCUUCCUCUUCUACUGGCUCCACAGAGCUAAUGAAAACAACAACCGUGUUGUGCUAGGGAUGGAUACCUUUUAUAUAUUUUCACAAUUCAAAACAAUAGACUUUGGCACUACAGAAAACUAUGGCUCGUCCAAAUGUAUUGGGACAAAAAUAUAUUUUCGUUCCUCUGAAUCUACUGUAUGUAGUGCUCUUGGUGCAGCUGCUGGAUGUAAAGUUUGUUAUAGUAUGAGAGGAGAGACGGUGGGCCACAAUAAAACAUGUAUUCGUAAUGCGAUAGUAUUAAUCUAACUCUAGCAAUAAAGGGUGAGAUUUACUUACCUUUCAGCCCUCGCCACACUGGUCUUUUUAUAAUCUUGAUGAUCCUAGAGAAAAUCAUUGGGAAGUUGGGGCGCAUGCAUGGAUAAAUGCUGGACCAAUCAGAUGGUCUCUAUAAAACCAUCUGCUAUAGAUAGCUGAGUUUCACACACUAGAUGGAUUUAACUCCUUAAGGACACAUAAUGGAAAUAUUCCGUCAUGAUUCCCUUUUAUUUCAGAAGUUGUCAUUAAUGGGUUAAAGCCUACAAUGUAAACAUUGUCGUUCUUGCAAAAAGGCAAUGUUUUCAGUUUCAGGGUUGAAACAAAAUUGAGAUGAAGUGGUCUGGGUGUCUAUAGUGUCCCUUUUUAAUUUUGCAUUUCCUUACAAAGAAAUAGCCCAUGGAUGCAUGUUGUUAAGGGGGGUGGGGUAAAGAUCAAGUGUUAUUUAAAUAUGAUGCAUCACAAUUUUAUAGAAGGAAAAUUAACAAACAGACUCCAUAUAUUGUCUUUCUUGGCUAAAAUACAACCAUUAUUUAUUUUUUAUUUUUUUAGGUACCUCCAAAUGUUUACCUUGAAGACAAAAUAAACUUCUGCACAUCAGAAAAGGCCUUGUCUUAAAAUGUUGCCCACUCUGUUAUCCUUUACCAUGGGGUGCCACAGCACAGGACGGUCCAGCAAGUUUAUAUUCUUUAUGUUUGUGUUUGGAACGAUGCUGUUCUGUGCUGGGUUUGUGCUUUCUAUCUUUGGUUUCCAGACAUGCCAGAUGAACACCUUCUACACCUGCAGCAUGACCUUUAAAGUGAUGGGACCCGCACUCUCCGUGAUUGGCUUGGGAUUGGUCUUGCUGGCCAGAUCGAAAGCCAGGCUGGAGCAAAGAAGGAGAGAAUUGGAAGGAAACCAAACUGAUCCGGACAGCUUCUUCCUCUGCGGUGAAAGUCGUCAGUUUAUCCAGUUUCUCAUAUUUGGAUUUCUGUUUGUGACCAGUGGAAUACUUAUAAGCGUGUUAGGGGUGUGGAUACCUGGCUGUAACAUAACAUCCCAAAACGUUAAUGGAACAGAAAUAAGUUCCAGGAGCUGUGGAUUUCUUUCCCUGCAAAUUAUGGGACCCCUGGUCGUCCUCAUUGGGUUGUGUUUCUUUGCUGUUGCUCAUAUUAAGAAAAAACACAAUCUCGCUGACAGUAAUGACUCUAUUGAUGAUGAUGAUGAUAUCCAGACUCCCACUGAUGAGCCAUUUCACAUAACUGUAGGUAAGAAUACCUUUAUAACUCUACACAACUACCCACCUCCCAGAUACUAGUGUUCAGGUUAGUCUGUUCUACUUUGUUUGGAAUUAUUUAGAUUUGUGUGUGUGUGUGUGUGUGUGUGUUUGGGUAUGUAAUAUUACAUUUUCUUAAUUACAACGGGGAGGUGUGUGUAUGUAUGUUAUGUGAUGUUUCUUUCUCCCACGUGUUCUUCCAGUACUGUUCUGUUUUUGCUCUGGAAAUGUGGUUACCCUGCAGUAUGGAUGGUUAUUGGGUGAAAAAGGCAUUUGUUAUCUUCGCCUCUCCUCUAGUUUAUCUGCUCAGUCUGGUUGCCAGUGCUGUCAGCCGUUGCUUAGCUGUUUCCAGUGCCUCUGGUAUUAGCAUACCUUUGCAUUUCCUUGGUAGCCAGGAUCUAUCCUUGAUUUUUCAACCUAUGAAAUUGAUCCAGCUUACCAACUUCCUUACGUGCCUUUUAACCUGGCUUUCAGUCAUAGUCUCCAUGGUGGGCAUUGUAUCUCCUUCAGCCUGAUCUUCUAGUCCAGCAUCUGCAGGGCCACUAAAGCUUUGGCAUAUAUGUGAUUGUGUUGGUUGGGAUUGUGGACAAGGACAGCUAGCAUACAAUCUGGCAGUCUUCCAGUGAUAUUUAAAAACAUAGAACCUGAUGGCAGAUAAUAACCAUUUGGCCCAUCUAGUCUGCCCAAUUUGCUUUUUUUAGUCCCUGGCCUUAUCUUAUAGUUAGGAUAGCAUUAUGCCUAUCCCACACACACUUAAACUCCCUCACUGUGUUAACCUCUACUACUUCAGCUGGAAGGCUAUUCCAUGCAUCCACUACCCCCUCAGUACAGUAAUACUUCCUGAUAUUAUUUUUAAACCUUUGCCCCCUCUAAUUUAAAACUAUGACCUCUUGUUGUGGUUUUUCUUUUUUUAAAUAUAGUCUCCUCCUUUACUGUGUUGAUUCCCUUUUAUGUAUUUAAAUGUUUCUAUCAUAUCCCCCCUGUCUCACCUUUCCUCCAAGCUAUACAUGUUAAGAUCCUUUAACCUUUCUUGGUAAGUUUUAUCCCACAAUCCAUGAACCAGUUUAGUAGCGCUUCUCUGAACCCUCUCUAAGGUAUCAAUAUCUUUCUGAAGAUACGGUCUCCAGUACUGUGUACAAUACUCCAAGUGAGGUCUCACCAGUGUUCUGUACAAUGGCAUGACCACUUCCCUCUUUCUACUGCUAAUACCUCUCCCUAUACAACCAAGCAUUCUGCUAGCAUUUCCUGCUACUCUAUUACAUUAUCUGCCUACCAUUAAGUCAUCAGAAAUAAUGACCCCUAAAUCCCUUUCCUCAGAUGUUGAGGUUAGGACUCUAUCAAAUCUUCUGUACUCUGCCCUUGGGUUUUUACGUCCAAGAUGCAUUAUCUUGCACUUAUCCACAUUAAAUGUCAGUUGCCACAACUCUGACCAUUUUGCUAGUUUACCUAAAUCAUUUGCCAUUUGGCUUAUCCCUCCUGGAACAUCAACCCUGUUACAUAUCUUAGUAUCAUCAGCAAAAGACAUACCUUACCAUCAAGACCUUCUGCAAUAUCACUAAUAAAAAUAUUAAAGAGAAUGGGUCCAAGUACAGAUCCCUGAGGUACCCCACUGGUGACAUGCCCAUGCUUCGAAUAUACUCCAUUGACUACAACCAGGGCCGGACUGGGAGAAAAAUUCGGCCCGGGCAUUUUUUUAACACGGCGGCCCACUAAAAAGGGGGCGGGGCAGAGGAGGUGUGUUUUGUCACCAAUGACAGACACGCCUCCUCUCAAAGUGAGCAUGUUGGUUCAAUGCUCUUCCAGGGCAGACCAUGCACAGAGCUCUGCUGAAGAGCUCUAGCAUGGGAAAAAAGUCCUGUAUUUGUUUUGCACAGUGCAAGCAAAUUUAAUAACAUGCUUGCACUGUGUUUCCUUGCAACUUGUCUCUGGUGUCUAUAAAUGGAUACCAGGAGACAAAAGGCCAGGAAAGAGUAUUGUGCAUGUGUUUGGAGCCUGCUUGUGGUAUUGCGUGUGUGUAGAGUGAACUGGUCAUGGUGUGGUAUUGUGUAAUAAGGUCGGUUUUAGUCGUGUUGUGUUUGUGGUGUAAUGUGAUGCAUAUGUGGCUAUGGGCUGUAGAGAAUGUGUGUAUUGGGGAUAUAGCAAGUGUGUGCAUUCAGGCUAUAGUGUGUGUGUGUGUGUUUAGGGGUGUAGAAUGUGUUUGCUUACAAGGAAUCUAGUGUGUGUAUAGGGGAUCCAGAGUGUGUAUGUUAAAGGACCACUAUAGUGCCAGGAAAACAUACUCGUUUUCCUGGCACUAUAGUGCCCUGAGGGUGCCCCAACCCUCAGGGACCCCCUCCCGCCCGGCUCUGGAAAGGGGUUAAAACUUACCUUUUUCCAGCGCCGGGCGGGGAGCUCUCGUCCUCCGAUCCGCCCCGUCGGCUGAAUGCGCACACGCGGCAAGAGCUGCACGCGCAUUCAGCCGGUCGCAUAGGAAAGCAUUUAUAAUCAAUGCUUUCCUAUGGACGCUUGCAUGCUCUCACUGUGAUUUUCACAGUGAAAAGCACGCAAGCACCACUAGCGGCUGUCAAUGAGACCGCUGCUAGAGGCUUUGGGGGAAGGCUUAACCCAUUGAUAAACAUAGCAGUUUCUCUGAAACUGCUGUUUAUAAAACAAUGGGUUAACCCUAGAAGGACCUGGCACCAAGACCACUUCAUUAAGCUGAAGUGGUCUGGGUGGCUAGAGUGGUCCUUUAAGAGUGUAGUGUGUGCGUGUAUACAUAUAUAUAUUUGGAAGUAUUGUGUAUGUUUGUGGUGCAGUGUGUUGGGGGGGGUUCUGUGUGUAUGUGAGGGGUGCAGUAUGUGUGUGUGAGAGUGCGGUGUGUGAUGGGUGUGAGAGUGCCGGGUGUGAGUGAUGGGUGUGAGAGUGCCGUGUGUGAGUGAAGGGUGUGAGAAUGCUGUGUGUGAGUGAUGGAUGGGAGAAUGCCGUGUGUGAGUGAUGGGUGUGAGAAUGCUGUGUGUGAGUGAUGGAUGUGAGUGUGCUGUGUGAGAUGGGUAUGUGAGAUGGGUAUGUGAGAUGGGUGUGAGAGUGCUGUGUGUGUGUGAGUGCUCUGUGAGAGUGAUGGGUGUGAGAGUGCUGUGAGAGAAUGCUGUGUGUGAUGGGUGUGAGAGUGCUGUGUGUGAGUGAUGGAUGUGAGUGUGCUGUGUGAGAUGGGUAUGUGAGAUGGGUGUGAGAGUGCUGUGUGUGUGUGAGUGCUCUGUGAGAGUGAUGGGUGUGAGAGUUCUGUGAGAGAAUGCGGUGUGUGAUGGGUGUGAGAAUGCUGUGUGUGAGUGAUGGAUGUGAGUGUGCUGUGUGAGAUGGGUAUGUGAGAUGGGUGUGAGAGUGCUGUGUGUGUGUGAGUGCUCUGUGAGAGUGAUGGGUGUGAGAGUGCUGUGAGAGAAUGCUGUGAGUGAUGGGUGUGAGAGUGCUGUGUGUGAUGGGUGUGAGAGUGCUGUGAGAGUGUUGUGUGUGUGUGAGUGCUCUGUGAGAGUGCUGUGAGUGUGAUGGGUGUGAGAGAGUGCUGUGUGUGUUAAAGUGCUGUGUGUGAUGGGUGUGAGAGUGCUGUGUGAGAGAGAGUGCUGUGUGUGUGUGAGAGUGCUGUGUGUGAUGGGUGUGAGAGUGCUGUAUAAAUGUUAUUGUGUGUAUGUAGGGGGGGUAAAUAAAAAAAAAUAAAAAAAACAGGUAUUAUUCCCCCCCCCUCCCUUCUUACCUUUAGCCUGGGAGGGGGGGACCGGCACGCUGGCACUGGAGGCGGGGAGGCAGUGUUCCCUGGUGGUCCUCGUGGGUGAGUGAACUCCUCGCGAGAUCCGGUCGUUGCCAUGGCAACGCGCCGGAUCUCGCGAGAGGAUCCCGGCGGAGCCGCAAAUUAAAGCUCCGCCGGGUCCUCUCUCCAGCCUGGCUGGCUGUCUCCCUCCCCGCCGGCGGCCGCAUGUGGGCCGGUGAGGGAGAUCUUUGAUCUCCCCACCGGCCCGUCGUUGCAAACAGCGGGGCCGGCGUUAGGAGAGUGCCGGCCCUGCAUAGACCGGCAGGGGAGAUCCUGGGACCUCCCCUGCCGGCCUCGGCCCCACGGCCACCGCGGCCCACCGGGCAUUUGCCCGGUGUGCCCGAUGGCCAGUCCGGGCCUGACUACAACCCUCUGUUGCCUGUCACUCAGCCACUGCCUUACCCAUUCAACAAUAUUGGAAUCCAAACAUAUAGAUUGCAGCUUAUCAAUAAGCUGCAAUGUGCAACAGUUUCAAAAGCCUUACUGAAAUCUAGGUAAGCAAUGUCUUCUGCACCACCCUGAUCUAUUAUUUUAGUUUCCCAAUCAUAAAAAUCAAUAGGAUUAUUUUUGCAUGGUCUCCCAUGUUGUCUCUGAUCUUGAAAUCCAUGUGAUUUUAGAUGCUCCUCAAUCCUAUCCUUUAACAUGGUUUACAUUACUUUCCCCACUACUGAAGUAAGAAUUAUAGUUGCCUGACUCCUCCCUACUACCUUUCUUGUAAAUGGGCAUACCAUUAGCUAACUUCCAAUCUUCUGGGACUACUCCCUGUUAACAACGAUUGAUUUAAAUAAAUCCGUUAAUGAUUUUGCUAGUACACCACUAAGCUCUUUUAAUAGCUUUGGGUAUAUUUGGUAAUCUUGUGUAGUGGUCAAGGACUGCCAGAUUUUCUGUGAACAUCUUUUUGUUAGCAUCUUAUGUUCUGCCAUCUUGGGGCAGUUUGGCAAUCCUCUGUGGCUGUGGGGAAUUCUUUCUCCUCAAGGCUCAUGUAUGAUUUUUUUGGUGUAGUCCAUCUAAUUCUAGUUGUUCCACUAGCUUUCUCUUGACAAUGUUCAAACAUUGUGUAACUAUGUUUUGGUGUUUGGGGUAGAUGAAAGUUAUUCAUCCAUAGUUCCCACAUUUCAUGUAGGCCUUCUCAUUGGGUUUGCCGUUAUAGUAGCAGUUAAGGAGGUCUAGGUUCUCACAUUGUUCGUUCCAGUAGAUCACUUGUCAGAUUUCCCUGGUUCCCUAUCAUCUCAUGUGGACCUUGCUAAACUCUGUCAUCCAAGCCGGCAUGACUCUUGGUUCAUGUUACUCUUAUAUUAUUGAGGUGGGUGGGGAUAUAUCAAUCGGAGUCCUUCCUGGGAUUCUUACUGGUGAGGUUUUCUGACGGGAAUUCGAACCAGAGUAUGUGUAGAUUAUAUACUGAUCAGCCACAACAUUAAAACCACCUGCCUAAUAUCGUGUAGACCCCCCUUCGUGCUGCCAAAACCGCUCUGAUGCAUCCAGGUAUGGAACUCUCAAGACCUCUGAACAUGUUCUAAUAUGCUGCCAAUGUCUUUGUGUGGUAUCCUGCAGCAGAUGCUUUAAUUCCUGUAAACUGCGAUGUGGGGCCUCCAUGGAUUGGACUCCUGCACAUCCCACAUAUGCUCAAUCGUAUUGAGAUCUAGGUAAUUUGGAGGCCAAAGCAACACCUUGAACUCUUUAUCAAGUUCCUCGAACAAUUAUUGAAGGGUGCAUUAUCCUGAUGAAAGUGACCACUGCCAUCAGGAAAAACCAUUGCCAUGAAUGGUUGUUUGUUUCUGGUCUGCAGCAAUCUAUAGGUAUGUGGAAUGUGUCAAAAAAAUCCACAUAAAUGCUAGGACCCAAGGUUUCACAGCAGAACAUUACCCAGAACAUAAUGUUGCCUCUGCCUCCUUCCCAGGUAAACAACGCACAUGCACCUGGUCAACAAAACUUGAUUCAUCAGACCUGGCACCCUUCUUCCAUUGAUCCAUGAUCCAGUUCUGAUUCUCACUUCCCAUUCGAGGUGCUUUCGUGGGUUGGACAUUUGGUCAUCUUAGUCACUCUGACCAGUUUGCGGCCAUGCUCUCCAUAUGCAGCAAAUUGCUAUGCACUGUGUGUUCUGACACCUUUCUAUCAUGGCCAGUAUUUAGUUUUUCAGCAAUUUGAGCUACAGUUGCCAUGGGCGCCAAUGACCCUGAUUCCUGCUUUAACAUUUUUAAGGAGGAAUUCAUUAUAUGUCGUUAACUGUUUCUAAUGUCUGUGAAUUUCUAAUGGGGUAGAGUUGCCUGUGAAGCUCAACCUUCAUUUUUACGAACUAUUUACAUUUAAACACCACCAUCUCAAUACCUGUGUUUUUUUGUUUUUUUUUCAUUUUUUUUUCUUUGUACGAUGCUUGUUAUUAAACUGCUCUGGCCUCAGGGCACCUGUAAUCGGAAAUGUUCCCGGGAUUUGCAUGAUUGAACAUAGAUCUGUUAGAAUCACUGUUCCUUCCAUUAAGACUCUACAGACUAUCAACUGCCAAAAUUCUUAUUCAUUCAAAAAAGUUUAUUUAUUUUUUUACUUUUAUUUUAAUAUUUAAUAUCUUUGUAACUAUUAAUUAAUAAUAGGGAAAUAUUAAAGUAUUCUGUAAUAUAAAAAUUGGGCAAUUGCCGCAGAAACCAGGAGAAUCAGUAGCCCUAUUCUAUUGGCUAGCUCUCCUAUAUUACAUUGUUACUCUACAUUUUAGAGCAGAACUCUCUGAUAAAUACUGUGCUGACUGCAGCUACUGAUUCAUUGGGGAACAGAGUUAUUCAUGUCCCUUAAUUAAAGACAAAAUGCUAAUUUGCUUAAAAAAGCUGGUGUGUAGUAAAAAUAAAAAGUAUAAAAAUGUUUUCGUGAAGAUUUUUUUUUUUUUUUUUUCAUUCUCACUCUGCACUGUUUUCAGUGGAAAAGGUGUCGUUUUUAUUAUUCAGCAGAACAAAUCUUUAAACUGCUUCUGUAAGGACAUGAAAAUGUCUUGCACAAACAUGAUUGCAUAUAAUCCUUUUAUGGAAUCACCUUGAUGAAGGACUUGCUCUUCGAGAUUUCUGUAGGAUUUAUCACAUGACAACGCGUGAUUGGGCUUCCAAGGUAAUGUAUUUGGUCCCUGAUAACAAGAAAAUAUAGUUGGUAGAGAAACACACUAUAAGAUAUAACUACAUGCAUUAUAUAAUACUACACACUCUAUGUGCAUGUGUUUUAUUACAGUGGGUUUUUCCCAUCUCAAGACAAUUGGCAUGAUUGCUUCAAAUCCUGUGGAGUGAGCUCCAGGUACCCUACUUAAACUCAUUACGAUACUGGGUACAUUAGAGCAGUGUCUCCUAGUUAUCAGAGGUUCCUGGGGACCCCUUUCAUUUACCUGACUCUAAUCCCGGAGCACUGGGAUGACCAGCUAGACCAAUUUCCAUACACCUGCUUUGUUCACUAGUGUACACAGUGCUACAAACCCCUCUAUGUAUGGUACAAGGUUGCUGUGAACGCUUAGACCUGUGUUGUAUGAUAAACAUACUUACCAACUGUCUCGAUGUUCACAGGACUGUCUUGUAUUUCAAAAUGUCAAUCAAAAUAAUCCAAUUGCAUGAAGUACAAUUUAAAGGUCUUGUGGCACUAAGACACCACUAAUACAGCUUCCCCCGUCUCCCCUCCAAUGGAGGUACUGGGCUGUCAUUUUAGCCUUGCAGUUACAAGGAUGUGCUACAGAGGAGGUUGCUGGGAGCUUGUGAUAUAAUCUGCACUAUAAGUAAUUGUUAUGGCUAUAAAUUAUGACUAGUAUCAUAUGGGUCAUGUGAAUAAGGUGUCUCGGGCAGGGUUAUGGAAACUAUUUUUGUGUUUUUUACUAGACGGCACAUCCUGAUGUUACAAAAUCUGUAUAAAUAACAGGCUUUUUACAGAAACAAAUAAAUCCUGCACUACAACUAUUGAACUCCGGGCAGGUGAACGCAAACCAGGGCUGGAUUUCCGAUUAGGUGCAUGUCCUGUAGAGGGCACCUGUUUUCAGUACCUACAGUAUAAUACACCUAAUUUGAGCUUAAAUGAACAUCCUUCUAAUCGGAAUACAAACCUUUAUUCCUGAGGCUAGAUUAUUAUACUAACUGUUUAGAUUCAGGGGCCCCCCUUUAAUAAGUUAAAGCAUUUUUUUUUCCUCCCCAAAAAACAGCCAAUGUCAGCCAAUCCAUUGCUCCAUAUAUGUAUGCAAUCCGAAACGUGGCUGCACUAAGUCAAUCAGCAUUUCAUCAUAGGAAUGCAUUGACUUAAUGCAUCUCUAUGGGCAGUGAUGCCAAAUAUAGGUCCUGCAAUCUUUGCAGGACGUCAAGAAGGAAAUCCCUUGUGUAACAUCUACUAGAGGUAACGUUGGGUAGUAGCAUAAAUGCUACUUAUUUUUUUUUUUCUUUCCCCUAAAAGCAGUGUUUAUAUUACUAGGUGUGCAGGGACAGGUUGUUUGCACCUUGGUCACUACAUAAUUUAUUAUGUAUAUAUAAUUUUUAUUUUUUUAUUUUUUUUUUUGCUCGGAAUUUAAUACAUAAUGGAUAGUGUCUGAGAUGAAAGUUGAUUGUGGUGUGCUGAAACCAACAUACGAGUGGGCCUGUAAAUAAAACAGGGCAAAAGAGAAGUUCAAGGAAAAACACACUUUAUUGCAUUUAGUACAUAACCUUAAUUCCUGAAGGCUUGGCGAAGCUCUCUUUCUGGUCAUGGUAUAUGGAGGAUUUCCAUCGACCCAGUCUCUUGAUGAUGUGGACUGGGGUGUUUGUACUAGAGGCUGAUGAAGCGGCUCCUAUGCGGAAGGAGUGACCAGAGAACAAAGCCGGGUUGUAACCCAGUUUUGCCAGUAAGGUUCUUACGUGCGUCGUGAAUUUAGCAGUGGUGUGUGGGUGCCCUUGUAGUAGUAAGAGCGGAGAGUCUGGUAAGUGCGUGUGAUGAGUUGACCGUAGAUGGUCUAGUGCCUUAACCGGACACCAAGCAUUAUCAGUGGGAAAGAGGGGAAUGGUAGUGGGGUGUAGUGAGUGAUUAGUUUUGGUAGAUGGGAGUACAAGUACGUAGUGAUCCUCCACCUUUAGUGAGGUGUUAAGUUUUGAGGCUGUGUGUGAUAUCCCCUUGACAAACAACGGUGAAUUCUCUGGGUCUGAGGAAACCGUAAAAAGCUAGAUAAAUUGCAGACUUAAUCACCAGGUUCGUGUUGGGAUUGAAUGGGGAUUCAUCUAGUAGAUUGCUGAGUAAUCUAAAGAUAGGCCCUUGUGUUGGUAGUCUGGUGGUGGUAACUGGAACAGAAACCUUAGAGACACCCUUUAAGACUUUCUUGAUGGGGUAUGAUGACAAGAAGGGGGUGUUAGAGAAAUUAGUGAGACUGUGGUGCUGAACCCCCGUGAGGUAUAGUUUAAUGGUAUUGUGAGAAAGUUUUGAAUGUACGUGGCAGAAGGAGGCAAAAGCCACCAUAGUUUGAGUAGAAAAAUCACCUUGUAAUCCGAAAUCUGCUGUGAAUUUAUUAAAAAUGGUAAGUGCCCUACUGUAGGUGACAGCUAGGUUAGGUGAUAGUGCUUGGUGUGUGUGAGUCCUAGCGUGGUGCAUUGGUGGGUUCAAUCUAGGAUUAGUUCGUGAAACCGCGGUGUCUUGGAUGGCUGACUGUGGGCUGUAGGGAGUGCCUGGAAGAAUACCUGGAAUUGAGAGCGAGACAUAGCAUCAGCGGCCGUGUUGUGGAUACCUGGGAUGUGAAUACAGACUAAGUGGAACUGGACAGUUGCUGCCGGCCAGGUCAGUUUCCGAAUCAGCCGCAUGAUGGUAAGGGAGGAUGAUCGCCCCUUGUUUAUGAUAUCGCAAGCUGCCGAAUUGUAGGAAUAGCAUUUUACUGCCUUGCCGGACCAGAGAUGACCCCAGGUGUGUGCGGCCGCCACAGUGGGGUAAAUUUCAAAUAGGGCUGAAGUCUCCUGAAUCCUGGCAAGGCAUCCGUCUCAGCAGGCCAGUGACCCCUGAACCAGUGAUUACCGAAGACAGCUGCGAAACCCGUGUUGGCUGCAGCGUCUGUGUGAAUGAUGGGUUAGGAGUCUGAGAGAGGGGGAUAAACAUGGAGAUCCUGUUCCACUCAGCCAAAAACGUCCCUCACAUGAGUAGGUCAGCCUUGGCGUGCUGGUCCAAUGAAAUUGGGCAGGAGUCUGGUACCCUGUGAAGCAGACAGAGAAGCCUGGAUAUGAAUGACCUUUCCUGUGGAAUGAUGCGCAUCGCAAAACUUAGGGACCUGUGUGUGAUAUCCCCUGAAGUUCCCUUCUGGUGCAUGCAUCACUCUGCAGGAACAUGUCUAUCUUCCCUCUCAAUCGGACCAAUUUAUCGGGGGGAAGGCUGGGUCGGAAGGUACCAGAGUCCAGCUCGAUCCCCAAGAAGGUUAGUUUAUUAGUGGGGCCGAUGAGCAGGGCCAGACUGGGAAAAAAAUAGGCCCUGGCAUUUUUCAAUCAGAGCGGCCCCCUAAGAAGGGGGCGGGGCCAUAGUGUGUGUUUUGUCAUCACUAAUGACAACACGCCCCCUCUCAAAGUGAGCAUGUUGGUUCAAUGCCCAGAGCCCUGCUGAAGAGCUCUGGCAUUAGAAAAAGGCCCUGAAUUUGUUCUGCGCAGUGCAAGCAAAUUUAAUAACAUGCUUGCGCUGUGUUUGCUUUUAAAUUGUCUCUGGUGUCUCCACAAGUGGGAUACCAGAGGACAAAAGGGCCAGGAAAGUGCAUGGUGCAUAUGUUUGGAGCCUGCUUGUGGGAUUGCGUGUGUGUAGAGUGUGGUGUGGUAUUGUAUAAAUAGGUCAAUUUAAUUUGUGUUUGUGGUGUAAUAUGUGUGGCUAGGGGCUGUAGAGAGUGUGUGUACAGGGGGCAUAAUUUUAUAGGGGAUGCAGUGAGUGUGUGCAUACGGGCUGAAGUGUCUGUGUAUAGGUGAUGUAGUGUGUGUAGGGGUUGCAGAGAAGGUGUAUUUAGAGAAUGUUGUAUGUGUUUGCUGACAAGGAAUGUAGUGUGCUGUAUAUGUGUGGGAGUGUGCUGUGUGUGUGAGUGUGCUUUGUGUGUCUGGGGGGUGCUGUGUGUGUCUGGGGGGUGCUGUGUGUGUGUGUGUCUGGGGGUGCAGUGUGUGUGUGUGUCUGGGGGUGCAGUGUGUGUGUGUGUCUGGGGUGCAGGUGUGUGUGUGUGUGUGUGUGUCUGGGGGUGCAGUGUGUGUGUGUGUCUGGGGGUGCAGUGUGUGUGUCUGGGGUGCAGUGUCUGGGGGUGCAGUGUGUGUGUGUCUGUCGCAGUGUGUGUGUGUCUGGUGUGGGGUGGUGUGUGUGUGUGUGGGGGGGUGGGUGUGUGUCUUGGGGUGCAGUGUGUGUCUGGGGGUGCUGUGUGUGUGUGUGUGGGUGUGUGUGUGUCUUGGGUCUGGGUGUGUGUGUGUGGGGGGUGCUGUGUGUGUCUGGGUUGUGCUGUGUGUCUGGGGGGUGCUGUGUGUGUGUGUGUGUGUGUGAGUGAAUGUAUUUUUUAUUUAAAUUUAAAAAUAUUUUUUUUACUAAUAAAAAAAUAAAAAAUAAAAAAAGUAUUUCCCCCCCCCUCCCUUCUUACCUUUAUCCUGGGAGGGGGGGGGGAGGAGGAGGAGAUCCGUUAUGCCUGGGGGUGGGGGGCCAUGCUGCCUUCCCUGGUGGUCCGCGGCAACGCUCAGAAUCCCGCAAGAGGACCGGCGGAGCUGCUUGUUAGAGCUCCGCCGGGUCCUCUCUCCUCCCUCACCCAGCCGGCGGCCGCAUCUCCCUGCCUCUGGGCCGGUGAGGGAGAUCUUUGAUCUCCCCACCGGCCCACGGAGGCACACAGCAGGGCCGGCGCUCGGAUAGCACUGGCCCUGCAGGGGCCGGCCGGGGAGAUCCACGGCCAUCGCGGCCCACCGGGCAUUUGCCCGGUAUGCCCGAUGGCCAGUCUGGGCCUGCCGAUGAGUUUUGGAGGGUGGUAUGGGUACCCCGAGUGAGGAAAAAAGUGCUGAGGAUAUUAGUGGGUAUACGUGCGUCUGAUUCUAUCAGUAGGAAGUUGUCCAAAUAGUGAAUGACUGAGUGACACCUGAGAACGUUCAGAAGCAGCCAGCAUAGAGUUUCUGCGAAUAUAUCAAACAGUUUAGGACUGCUUCUAGACCGGAAAGUGAGUCGUGUGGAAAAAUAGUAUCUGUCUCGCCAUUUAACACCAUGCAGAUGUCAGAGUGAUGGGUGCAUGGGUAGUAAUUUGAAUGCAUUUGUUAUGUCUGUUUUGCUUAGCCAAGCAUUGUUACCAGUUGAAAUGAUGGAUUGUAUGGCAUUUUUACGUAUUGUAAUGAAAAUUCUUCUGCGGGUAUGAGUGAGUUAAUGCUGGGAACAAGAGAGGUGUGCGGUGCCGAUCAAUAAUCAGGCGUUUUGUAUUAGAAUAUUUGUGCACAGCUAUACCAAUGGGAUUAGUGCACCAGGAAGAAAAAGGUGAGGAGGUGAACGGGCCGAUCAUGAAAUCGUGUGAGAUUUCAGAGGAAAGGAGUGUCUGUGGAUACUGGAUCUUGGCAGGCUGACAGGAAGUUGGGACAUUCAAGCGUGCCUGAGGGGAUGGCUAUGAGACCCGUGAGAAAACCCUGUGGUCAAAUACUCCACCAAAUGCCUGCUCCGAUGAGGUCUCAAAUAAAAAACAGUUUGUCGACAUUGUCGGUUAGUCAUUUGUUAGGGGACAACCUGGCCGGGCACAUGGUCUUCGUGCAUGUCCUGAAGCAGAUGUUCAACAACCUACAGGCGCUGAAGCUGCAGGACCCGGCAUUAAAAUUGUUGCACACCUGCGCCUUGCCUAAGAAGGAGAUGGCUCUACCCAGUUUAUCCCGUUGACCACCCACUUGUUUAAUGUGAGGGGUGAAAGUGGGUUGAGGGGAGGGAGUGGAGGUGGAUGGAUCAGCUUCAGAGGGGCACAAAUCAGCCGUAUGGGAUGUAGAAUUACAUACAGCGCAAGACUGGGGCCUCUGACCAGCGAAGUGGCGACAGAAUAAUUCAGUAUCCAUCUGACACCAUUUAAUUCUAAUCUUAAACUGCUUCAGAUGGAUCGCCGCCUCCGCUGAUACCGAUUUAUGGUAGUCAUAAAAAGAUGAGCCCCCGUACUUGAUUCCCAAAUACACCACUUUAUAAAGAUAGAGGUUUGUUCCUCUCUCCUGUGGUGAUAUUCUGAGCAAAUGACGUCGCGGUAUAUCCCGAAGGCUAUUACGAACUGUGGAAUGGAUAAUUUUUUAUUAAGCCUAGGAUCUCUGGUUUUAAGCACCACUGAGAUAUCCCCGUAGUUAUAUGCCUGGUUCUCCAGCACAUCUUGAGAGGCUAUAAGUAGUGACACCAGACACACAUCCUUCCGCCUAGGAUUUCUUUCCUAAUGGAGUCUGGGAUGGAGUGAGCUGGUGACACAAAAGGUGAUGUAACUGUGGCUGGUGCUGGAGGGGGAUGUAUAGGGGAGUGUGGUAUUGUAGCAGAGAAUGCCGGGGUGGGGGCUGAGAGGCCAGGAAGGUUACCUGGGGAGGCGAUGGCACUCUCCACCUUAGAUAACCUGCUGUACAGGGUCUGCAGGUUGGCCAGGAUUGCUGCAAGGGUGUCCUGAGUGGCCGUGCAAGCGCCUGAUGGCUGUCCUUGAGAGCUAGUGCCUGGCCUAGGCUCGGGUCCUGAUUGGUCAGAAGUUUAUAGAGUUCCGCCUUUCUAGCCGUAGCUGGAAAGGGGAUGCCCCUGAGCCUGUUUGGCCGUAAUUUUUGGAAUAGUCCAGACUCUCAAGGACGUAGGAGUAGAGGGGGUGAGAGAUUCACCUGGAGACUCGGGUCUGAUGGGAGUGAAUGGAAUAUCUUUGGCAGACAACUCGUCGAUGGGAGCUGGUUCUUGAGACAUUCUAGAAAUGAAUUGGAUUUAGUAGGGGCGUUGUCUGCCCCUACUAAAAGGAGAGAACAGAGUGUAAGGCUAGUGCCGAAGCGAAAAACUUAACUGUGGACUAGUGACAGAUAAGGGCCCUGCUAGUGCAGAGUGGCGGUGAGAGGCUCUAUCUAUUAUUUGGCCGAGGGAAGUUCAUUGCCACAGACGUGGUGGUGGGAUGUUGGCUUCUCGAUGACUGAGAUUCAAAACAUGUGGCCGUGAAAAGUGAGGCCCUGACUGCGGCCCUGUAGAAAGGCGAACGAGGCAUCUAACUAUGAUUUGGGCGUGGGGCCGUACCUCAGUGUUGAGGUGGGAUAUGGCCUCGCGGGACCAGGAUUUACUUGGGUGAGCUAGAACCGGAGCCUUAACCCUGUAAGCCAGUUCACGCCCCUUCUAUGGGUUAAAUGACAAUUAUGGGUGUAAUGAGUGUAUACUAACCUUGAUAGUGGUUAUAACUGGUAACUUGAAACUUCAAGUGUUUUUAAGUAGAGUGGCUUGGCCGCUGCUGGUAUCAUAGAAGAAGCCUAAGGAUUAAGACAGAUGUUGAUGUGUUUGAGCGUAACGUAGGGGCGUAUGCUUAGUAGUAAGGGGUGGCCAUAGGAGUGCAAAGUGAGAUCCUGAGGUGAGGGAUCUAAAUGAUUAGUCUGAGACUGGGACGAGUUUAUGCUAUAGAGGGAGGCUGAUUGAGGCCUAAGGGGUAGCAAGUGCUAGUAACGAGUAAGAACGCAAAUACCUGGUAAUGGAGCAGGGUACCAGGUUAGGUAGGUUGAGUAGGUUCUUGCCUGAUGGCAGUAUGAACGUAGGCCUAAGUAAAAAUGGAGAGAAUUUUAAACACAAAAAGGACGUAGGACCGCGUGAUAAAUAGAGACCGCGUCAGGUCUAGUGGGAAAGCCCCGUAAUGAGUAGAGUACUAUACCUUGAUUUGCUGUACAGGUACUUGGAUGAGUGUAAGUGGUUUGUACGGAGAAACCGAAGGAGUCCUUGAAUAAUGUCGGAGCUAGGGAUUAAAACCAUCGUACAAUUAUUAAAAUAGAAGUGGUUAUAACAGUAUAUAUUAAUUAACAAAUUCCCCCAGAGGACCGUGUUAACUGGACAUAAAUGAUACGAGAGUAGAGGGGCCGUACGUUUGUGACAAGUUUAGAGUGAAGGCCGUCUGAGGCCUUGACAUGAUUGAAAAUUUGAAACUGAAGUGAGUAAAUACUCAGAACUUGGAUUUGACAACUUUAUGCAGUAAUACAAGACAAACGGGCAAUCAACAGAGCUAAGAUUAAUGUCUGCGUAAGCUAUAGAGAAUAAUAUGAAAUGUAAGGUUUGGAAAUUUCCCCAGAGGACUGUGCUAUAUAUUAAUAUAUAUGUUCUGUGAUGGCGUACGGGGUUGGCGUGGAGUUGGAAAACCCCGCCAAAGUUGUUGGGUGUCAUAAGAAUUUAUUAAGUAUUUAACACAACUUAAAACACAGAGGGUUAACUCAAAGGCCUCGGAAUAAUAACAGAGUUCUGAGAAAAUGUCAUACAUCUGAGGAUCUUGUAUUUUAAACCUAAUUAAACCAAGAACCACAGACUUAGUAGUAAAUGGUUGCAGUAAUAAACAGAGAUUUUUUUUUUAAACUAAUUUCGACUGAUUUAAUACAAACAGCUAAGUAACCGAAUGGGUUAAAAAAAAAAUAUAUAUGUUCAUACAAACGAAAGCUGAUAAUUGCACGAACAGGGGUCGGCAGUUUAGACCGCACGGGGGACCCACUGAAGCUUAAGUAUCGUCUGCAUUCGACUAAUUCCGCAUGAACAGAAGUAGUGCACGAAUGGGUAAGUAUACGAGGGACGAACAGAAAAUUGCACGAACCACUAAAUGAACGAACGGGUCAAUAUACAUGUACAUAGUUCAUUCGUGUGAACGAACGGUAGACAAGAAUUUAACAAAAUUUACACCAGAGUUUACACGACAAGGGUCGGCAGUUUAGAUCACACAAAAGGACCCACGAAACGUAAGUAUAGCCAGCCACUAAUUUAGUUCCACGAACCGCAGAAGUGCACGAACGGGUAAGUAUGCACGAACAGGUAACGUAUAAGUAAAAGAGAGCCUACUCCUACGUUUUUAGGCCCGAACUGAGGGAAAUAGCUGAAAGCUAUUCUCCUUUCCUCCUUUCCUCCUUUUUUUUUAUUUUUAUUUAUUUAUUUUUUUACCUAAAUCAUUUGCCAGUUGGCUUAUCCCUCCUGGAACAUCAACCCUGUUGCAAAUCUUUGUAUCAUCAGCAAAAAGACAUACCUUACCAUCAAGUCCUCCUGCAAUAUCACGAAUAUAAAUAUUAACGAGAAUGGGUCCAAGUACAGAUCCCUGAGUUACCCCACUGGUGACAAGCCCAAGCUUCGAAUAUAUUCCAUUGACUGCAACCCUCUGUUGCCUGUCACUCAGCCACUGCCUUACCCAUUCAACAAUCUUGGAAUCCAAACUUAAAGAUUGCAGUUUAUUGAUAAGCCUUCUAUGUGCAACAGUGUCAAAAGCCUUACUAAAAUCUCGGUAAGCAAUGUCUACUGCACCACCAUGAUGUAUUAUUUUAGUUACCCAAUCAAAAAAAUCAAUAAGAUUAGUUUGGCAUGAUCUCCCUGAAGUAAACCCAUGUUGUCUCUGAUCUUGAAAUCCAUUUUUUUUUUUAGAUGUUCAUCAAUCCUAUCCUUUAACAUGGUUUACAUUACGUACCCCAGGUACUGUUACCAAAACUUCAGAUUUUUGGGCUUUGCAGUCUGUUGAUGCCUGACUUGAAAAAUGUGCGCUAAAAUAUUUGAAAAAAUGAAACCUUUUGAAGAGUUUCUAAAACCUUUCUUGGACACAAAUUUAGUGCUGGCAACUGGCAAGUUCAAACCACAAGGAGACGUGAUGUUUAGUUUUGCCCCUCUAUAGUUUAUAAAGAAAGCUGAAUAUUAGAUUUUAUUUUUAUUUGGUAUCUUUUUGUAUCUAAGUAUGUACUCUUAAAGUGCAAGAUUUAUAUCUUUUUUUUUUUUUUUUUGCCUCUUCUUCCUUUUUCAGGUGAUACAGUCAUAGUCUUCCCACCACCACCACCCCCAUAUUUUGCAGGAACUUCGUCAGCUACUCCAAGGCAGGGGUGCGGUACAAUGCCUAUGAAUGAAAAUCCACCUUCUUAUAGCAGUAUUUUCUUUCGAAGGUAAGAAAGAAAACAAAACCAUGUAAAAUGUUUUGAUCUUGUAUUGAAAUAAGCAUUUGAGUACGUGUUAUUGAAUUCAUGCAUUAGUGAUAGGAUCCGAAUACAGACAUCAUUCACAGGACUGACAAUGGGUUUUAAUGGGACACUUCUUCUGUAGAUAAUGUAUUAAAAAUAUCCAAAAACAAAUCUAUAUAUUAUUUUUUUUAAAUAAAUAAAAAGUGAAGAGGACUAUACUUUAUGCUUUUAAAGUUACUGCAGGAUUUGUACAGACAAAGUACAGAAGCCGAUGACUAGUGAAUCUGGUCUGUAGGGUCUGAUAUCCAAUACACUCUUGCCCAGCAGGACACAGUGUGACUAGAACUGCUGAAAAAGCCGAUAGCAGUCAUCUGUUGGCCAGUUAAGACACUUUUUAGGUGUUUUGUAAAAGGAACUGAAAUGGCUGUGGGUACUGUGGCAGACUGCCCGGCACCCCGACUGGGUACCUCCACCAAUCGCUCUUCCUAGUAGUCGCAGAGUACCAUAAGCCCCGCACUGGACACCAUAAGCACUGUAGCCUUCUUUAACCGCUGCAGCUUGUCUGGGGUCUCGCCGUCCCUUCCUGGACCAACACCUGAAUCCGGUUCCCAGUGGGAAGACCUCUCCACCAAGAGCGUAUAACAGUGAUUAUAGCAGUAUAGCGGUUUCCCCCGCACCCCUCCCACAAAUGAGUCGAGGCUUAAUGCUGGGAAUAGUCUGGUUUAUUGGAGGCCCCACCCUGCCUUUUAUGCAAAAGCCCCUGCAAGGGGUUUCCAAUCCAACAUUACAGGGAAAUCCCUCCCAGGAUCCUCUGUGCCUGUGAGCUAAUUACCUGAGCAAACAUAUAAUUUAAUUAUCUCACAGGGACAGAAAAUAUAACUAUUUAUAAAACACCCCAAAAUACGCAUAAAACACACAAAAAACCCACAAAAGUCACAUGUCCAGAUAGCCUCGAAAAAUCACCCAGAUGAGUUCAGGGGUUCGGGUUUUUCCAUGGAAGUCCCAUUUUUGUCCGACCGCACAUGUAGCUUAAGCCCAAAAUAGUUCCAUGAAAUCAGUACCAGCGGUCGGUCAACUUCGGUAACAAAAAAAAUAAUAAAAUACUGAACAUAAUCCAUAAUUACAAUGUGUAGCUUGUUCACCUCAUCCAUGCGAACGAUUCCACCAAACCUUACCCUUCCAGGUUGUGUAGAAAAGAAUGCAGGUGAUUAUGGAAGUCCAGCAGUGUUCAGGAGUUUCAGUGUUCGAAUUUUAGUUCCAUGAGCUCAACGCCCAAACACAGCUGCCUGCGUUCGUGGGAACAAGAUGGCCACCAUCUCAUGGUCAUUCAUACGAACUGCAGCCACCCAGACGAACAAUAAGAACACUGAGUUGGAAAUCUUUUACAAGGUGUCAAUUGGGCUUAACAAGCACAUGGGUGGUCUCUUUUUAAACUGUCUAUUAGAGUGUUACGGUUACCCCCAGGCUAGCUGGAAGCUGGACCGCUUGGAUGGCCUGGAUCCCAAAGCUAAAGAGGGAGAAGAGUCGCUUCGGUAAUCAAUCCACACGAAUUCUGUAAAUAUAGAACAAUCCCACUAGCUAUAGUACAGUUAGACUACCCUUCUCCCCACAAAACGAGUCGAGGCUGCGAUUUGAGGGUCAAGCAAGAACUGGCUUUAAUGACACACAGGGAUCAGUAUUUAUGCAAAAUCUCAGGCCCAGGGACAGCCCCCUCUGGACCCGAUGGGAUACAAGGACAAUACAAGUGGUUGACCAAUAAGAAUACAAUGCAUCGUUUGGAAUUGUCACCGCCCAGCUUGGAGAUAAUGACAAUACAACUAUCUGCAAGCGCCCAAAAUUCCACGUGUUUUUGCCACAUAAAAAAACAGGAUAAAAAUACAUAACUCUAACAGUUUUAUAUAUAAUUUGUGCCUUCUACCAUUCAUUACAUAGCCCCGGUUUAGGCGAAACAAUUACCCGAAGAGCGCUCAGAACCCACGAAUGGUACACUUAAUUUCCCCGAUAAGAAGUCUGUUCAUGUCUUUGGUUCUGAGCUCGAGAUGGCGGCCAUGUUUGGAGGUGAACUAAUAGGCAGCGGGACUUCACCCUCAAACUUGUGGAAUAGGGACCGGCUAGAAGUUUGCACGAAUCCCCGCUCUGUUGCUGGAUGUCUCCGCCGUUCGGUAGACGAAUGAAGACCGCCAGGAAGGCGGUACUUAACCUGCGGUUAGCCGCAGAAACCAACGUUCUAAUUGAGGCCACACGCCAGGCUGUAGGGGGUCCUUGUUCGGAACCCGUUCGGUGGUUUGAGUAUCGGGCGAUGGGACAUGAACGUGAAUGCCCUUCUGGGUGAUAUAUAACAAUGAAUAACGUUGGCUCUGUCUGUAGCUAUAGAGGUUUUCCUGCAAGGCACAUAGUCUGUGGGCAGGAGGCUGGCAAGCAGGCUCCUCCAGGAGCCCGUGGCGAGGUCACAUUCGCCACAGGUACGGUCUUGCACAGAGUACAAUGGGCAUCAGGUAAGAAAACUGAAAAACAGGACUGUUAUAAGAAUCCCUAUUGAUGUUGCAAUGUCAAAAAAUAUAUAAAGCUAAAUGUAAAAAAGAAAUGUACAGUCUUUUGGAAUUGGAUGUGGUACAUAAAGGGACACUUAAUGUAGUUGUUCUGGUUUCUAUAGCCUGUCCCUGCAGUCUUUUGAAUGUAAAUGCUGCCUUUUCAUAGAAAAAUGUUUACUUUGCUGCCUAGUAAUACCUCUAGUGGCUGUCACUCGGAGAGCCACUAGAGGGACUUCCUGGGUUAGGUCAUGCAAUCUGUGCAGGUCUAUGUUCAGCACCUCCAUGCUCUUUAUGGAGAUUCCAAACUAUCUCCAUAGAGAUGCAUUGAUUCAAUUUAAAAUCUCUUCAUUAUUGAAAUGCAUUCUAUUUAACUGUUAGUUUAAAAAAAUAAAAACUAUUGCUGUCCCCAUUACGCCCACUAUCCUUGAUAUAUGUACCAGUGGUUUGUGUUUAUUUUUGUUCAGAAUAUAUAUUUUCUUUCUCUAACAUACGUUUAAAAAUAGAUUACAAAAUCUGUUCCUUUUAUAUAUUCUAUUUGUUCAACGUGCACGUUAUGAUGCCAUGUUGUCUUUGCAGAACUCGUCAUGAAGGUCGCAGUAGUGUUCGAGAAACUAUAUACACUAUUCCUCUACCUAGUCAUUCUGCGGAUUCCAAUGCAUUUUGUCCAUUGGACCCACCACCAAAGUAUGAAGAAAAAGAUCCUUCGAAGCCUGAUAAUGAAGAUCCUUCAUCCUCUGAGCCAGAUGCACCAUCACAGGGUUCUUCUCAUACUCACUAGGCCAAAUAGACUAACUGAAUGACAAUUCCAUUUUAAAUGUGUGGUUUUUAUUUGAUUCAAGUAGAGUGGUUGGACUUUCCUGAGAUAUUGUUUGCCUCUAAGGUAUUGUGACAUUUCACAUUGGAGGCAGACUCUAUUUUUUUUUUUUUUUUUUGGUGCUUGAAAUAGGUAGUUACAUUUUGUUUGAAGAAACUGUUUGGGAGCCUAUGAGUUGAACUAGGCACAACCAUACUAGUUUACAAAUGGCCAACUAACCAUUUUCACUAAUGCACUAAGAAUUUCAGAAGGGUUAGUUUUAGUUAAAGGGACAUUAUAGGCAUUAUAACAAUUUAAUUGAAUUGGUUAUGAUGUCUACAGUCACCAAGCACUGUCCCUUUAUUCAGUGUUAAACUUUUUUAGGCUUCCUAUAACCCCACCCCCAACUGGCGGUUUGGCUAAGGCAGACAUUACACACUUCCUUGUAAUUGUAUCGAUUUCAUACCUGCAGUGAGCACUGUGAUAGGAUGAUAGCUGUCAGCUGACACACUCAGCCAAUCACAGCUGCCCAUUGCUGCUCAGGCUAAUGCUUACCUCGUUACCCUGAGCAGCACAGGGGUAGUAUGGCUACUGAGGACUCUCAUUUAGCAUUAAAACGUUAAAAACCAUUUAACACUGACUGGAAAAACUGUGCCAGGGGACUUUGUGCAUUGUAGCCAAUUCAAUGAGACAAAGCAGUUACAGUACUUACAGUGUUGCCUUAAUAAAAGGAAGUCCUGGUCAGGUGUAGGUGAUGACUAAACUGAGAGCACACAUUAAGUGACUGUUUUAAACAAUUUUGAUUCAAGCUUAAAUCUGUCUAUGAUAUGAGAGAUGUUCCAUGUCCAGUAUCUGGGCUAUUGAUGUAUAUAAUAAUGUAUUCCCUUUAAUUCCCAUGUUUUUGAUGAUGCAGAACAUGUCUUUAAAAGUAUGUACAGAAAUGUUCCCAUUGGUAAAUGUAUGCCUUCAUUCCAUAGAUUUGGAGACCUGCCUGCAUAGCAAUUUUUUUUUUUUCACCCAAAUAAUAAAUUGGUAUUCUAAAAUAAAAAUAUCCACAUAUGUGUAGAAUUAUUGUGUAAGAUAAGCUGUG